UUUUAAAGUUUUAUAAAUUCUUGGAUAUUCUUAGAAUUUAUCGAAAAGCCUUAUCAAAAAUGGGUUUGGUGAUUAGAGCUCUGAUUUUGAUCGGCAUGGUUGCAUGUCUCACGUCUAUUGCCCACGCUAUUGCUGGGGAAGCCACUUAUUACACUGUGUAUAAACCAUCUUCAUGUUAUGGUGAUGAAGACCACGGUAAUAUGAUUGCGGCGGUGAAUAGCGGUCUAUUCGCCAAUAAGGCAGCAUGUGGAAGGAGGUAUAGAGUGAGGUGCACCGGCCCAAGAUCAUGCAAAGGCGGCACCGUUGAUGUUACGGUUGUUGAUCUUUGUCCAGGAUGUGGACCAAAUGGAAUCGACCUUUCACAAGAGGCGUUCUCCGUUAUUGCCGAUCCUAGUGUCGGAAGAAUCAACAUUGAUUAUACCCAGAUAUGAAAAUAUGAAGAAAUGGAGAAUAAGCUCUCGAAUGAGUUCGAUAAGGAGGGUAGAUGAAUAAGCGAUAAUGAUUGAAGGGAUAAACGUUGUAUUUGUCUCAUAAUUAAUAGAAUUAUGAAAAUAAAACUAGUUACAUCUACUUUUAUUUCAUAGGCAAUAAAAAAUGUCUUCUUGGAGAAUCGUGGAUGUCUUGAUGAGUUUGUGCACAUCUUGUGAUCCCAUAGUCAAACCUUCAGUGAUUUUGAAAGAAUUCGAACCGAUGACUACUUGAAGC